UGCUGGCCCUUCACAUCGUGAUGUUUCUACUAAUUGCUUUUUGAAGCACAGCAGAUUCGCGGCCCUUGUAUUUGAAUUUUCUUGCGUCUUAGAGUCUUGUCAGUUGUGAUAUGAUCGUUUUUCCAAACAUUUCCAACAGCACAUCCAAUAGCCACUAGGCGUGACGAAAAGAGCUGAAGAAUAAUUGGAGAAUAGGCGUACUUGACAGUCAAAGUAAAACUUCAGACGUGUCGCCGGAGUCUAGAACAUACUGAUACUCGUUAUACUUGAAUGGUCCAGCCAGUUUUCUAGAACAUUUUUGGGCCACUGCAAUGACGUCAGAAACGAAGAGUGACAAGGUGGCGAAGCGUGAGAUUAUGGUGACGUUGCUGUUCUUCGGGGCUCUGGUGGCUGCGAUUGUGGCAUCUGCGAUCAUCGGGUUCCACAAGUUCUUUACUACAGAAGAAAGUGUCUCUGAGAAAGUAUCUCUGGUAGUUCAACACAACAAUCCAGCGUUUGUGUUCUUCGGCGAUGAUUUCUACGUGGAGCUCUGUCGUGUCAUUCUCCUCCAGCCGGGGUCCCUGGAUCUGACUUCCAUGUUCAGAAACAGUUCCCCCUGUGUGGGCAGACAAGUCAAUAUACCACUAGACUCUGGCGACCUCAAGUACCUGUCGGAGAAUAAACUGAGUGGCGACUCCGAUUUCGACUCAUUCCUCAAUUUGUUCAUCCAGAAAAAUUUCAAUCAAACGGGUUUUGAGAAGAUGGAUCUGAGUUUGAUGUUGAUAGAAGGGCCCUCCUUCUGGGAGGUGAAGGAGACAGUCUAUGCCAAGAUUAGGUCGCCCAAAAGCGAAUUCUUACAUCCACUCUACAUUCUCAUGGACUAUCAGGCCACAAACACGCAAUUUCAGGAAAUGGAAAGUCUCAUCCGCUCAUCAGACAACCUCAAAGCGCUCUACUCUUUCAACGACUUCAUCAGUAAAGAGAGGACAUCAUUCCGACUAGUGUCCAGUGAAACUGCCACUAUGCUCACGAUGAAUGAUGCCACUAUAAUACAUGAGAAGCACCAUGUCACGAUGAGAAAAAUUCAAGCAGAGCCAACCUACAUGUGUUCAUUUGCCAACGCAGGUGGAAUGAUUGACUGCAACUCCGUCAAAACAGAUAACGCAAAGGACUCAAUUCAUAUCAAACCCAAUUGCACCACAGCCGAAGAGAGAAGCCGGACUACAUACAGCGAGUCUAUGUUUCGAUGGGCCGACGGUCACUUGAGCGAAAAAAUAUCUUUGAAGAAGCGAGACAUCUGGAGUAUUUUUGGAGCCAUCGUCACAAUGAUUCUGGCACUAGAUAAACUGAAUGCCACUGUCCAAAAGUACAAAUCAACCAGUGCCGUCAAGGAAAUACGGGAAAAGACAAAGGAAAAGAUAAAGCGGGAAAAGACACUAUACGAUAUAAAAGAAGGGAAGAACAACGUCGAAAACGCCAAUGAGACUUCUUCUGAACAAAAUGUGUGAGUUACCACUGAUUGCUGGCCGAUCCCGAGCUAAAUUUCGGCCCUCAAUUGCUCAAGCAUCUUAACGUCACUUGAAGAGUACAUAGCGAAGCUAAACAAAACUGGAUUCCAAGCUGAAACUUUAAAAAGCCUAAAAUUACAAAUCUCCAAUGAAAUAGACUGCAUUGAAGUUUUAAAUGAUGUUGUUCCAACAUUUAUAAAUUGUGUAAAACAGUUUCAUUGAACGGUAAAAUUUGAUAAAGUUAAUGUUUUUUCCUGUAUAGUAUGGCAAAUUGGCUAAAAAUCAAUUCUUGCC